GUGUGUGUGUGUGUGUGUGUGUGUGUGUGUGUGUGUGUGAGAGAGAGAGACUGUCACCAAACAGAUCGACUGAGUUUGGUAGCUUUACUGCACGGACCACACACACACAGUCCACAAUGCCGCAUCGGCCCAGCACGUCACCUUCAUCGAGCUAACCAAGUGCCGAGAAAAGAUAUAGACCAGAGGACUCCCAAGGAGACAAACAGCCAUGGAGGGACUCUACUUUGACGUCAAGCCCCGUGACCAACGCCCCAGCAGCCCUCCCCUUCCCCUCACCCCAAACACCGCCCCUCCCCUCCCUUCUCCUUUAGCCCCCUCCCCCCUUAUUCUCCCCCAAAACAGAACCUCUUUCUCAGCCCUCACCCCCUCCCCCUCGGCAGCCUCCCCCCUCACCCCCAACACCCAUCCUCAUCCAACCCUCACCACCUCCCGCCUUAACCUCACACCAAACAGAUCGUCCUACACAACCCUCACCUCUACACCCUCCCCCCUCCACCUCACCCCUCUCGGAAGAAACACAGAGGAAGAGGAGGAAGAGGUUCAAUACAGACUGACUCUGGUUGGCUGCCUCCCGGUCCAUCACCUCACCACCAUGGCCAUGCUGCCCUGGGUCGUGGCUGAGAUCGGGAGGCCUCGGCCUGGGGAGAGAGAAAAGCCCGUAGUGGGUCGGCCGCCUGGGAGUCCUGCAAGUAGAGACACACACACCGGAAACGGAGAGAGCGUUUCCUCACGACGACACCAGGCGGUGUGUCUGUGUGUGUCCGCCUCGCGGGUGAGGUGUGUGUGGACGGAGGAGGAGGUGGGGAGGGACAGGCGACUGUUUGAGUGUCGGCCGCAACUCGUCACCAAGCUACUCCACAACAGCAGGGAGCCGUGGAGCUUUGGUUGUCUGGUUCGAGACACACAUCUCUGUUACUGCUACGUCUUCCAAUGCCAGGACUGCACCAAGGUCCCUGAGAUCAUCAGUACGCUGCGUCAGGCUGGGAAGAGCUCGGCGCGCAACGAUGACCUCGCAGCGCCCACCCCCGCCGCCUCUUCCUCAGAAGACUGUGCUCCGUCCGCGUCGUCGGCCUUCGGCGCCGCCACCAUGUUUGCCAAGAGGUUUGAGGUUCUGUUCUGUGGACGAGUGACCGUCGCUCACAAGAAAGCCCCGCCCGCUUUGAUUGACGAGUGCAUCGAGAAAUUCAGCCAAUCCGUAGGGCCCGGGGGCGAUCCCAAACCAGAAAGUGGCGGUGGAUUGGUGGACGGACUGCAGAGAGCUCUGGCCUUACCGACGCUGACGCGAAAUGGAGGAACGGGGGAUGGAGAGGUCAGAGGAGGAGGAUACGGUGCCUCUAGUGGUGGGAGGCCGGCGGUGUUCAAACCAGACCCCAGUUUCCCCUGUCUCCGGGCCCUGGAUGAGAACGGACUGUCACCUGAACUACACACACACACCGCUGGGGUUCAGCCCACCAGUCUACAGGAGAAUAGGACCAUGCUGUUCAUGGUGGGUCGGUCUCAGAUCUUCCUGGUCAGUCCAGACACUAAGAAGGUUGCCAUAGAGAAGAGCUUCAGAGAAAUAUCUUUCUGCUCACAGGGUAUUCACCAUGUGGAUCACUUUGGGUUCAUCUGUAGAGAGACAGUAGAAGGAGGGAGCUGUACGUUCGUCUGCUAUGUCUUCCAGUGUACUGAUGAAUCCCUGGUGGAUGAGAUCAUGUUGACUUUAAAGCAGGCGUUCUCUGUGGCCGCCCUGCAGCAGAGUGUAAGGACCAGGAGCCAGCAGUGUGACAGUUGCCCCAUGCAGCAGCUGCACAGGCUGUGUGAGAGGAUAGAAGGUCUCCUCCCGUCUAAAGCCAAGCUGGAGUUUCAGAAACAUCUGGCCACACUGGACAACCAGGAACAAGCUGCCGUGUUCGAGAACACUGUGAGGGCCAGUCCUAAGAGUGACCAGGAGGAGAAUGAGCUGCUGAUGGAGUCUUUGAGGAGUCUGUAUGAACAGAAACAGAGGAGUCAUCAACACACAGAUCACAGACCGGUACCAGAGGCUCCAGCCCCAGUAGAGGUCCAGUCCAGUAGCAGACAGAGAUUAGAGCAGUUUAAAACCAGAGCAAAACGCUCCCUCACGGAGUCACUGGAGGGCAUCUGGAAGGGAAGUAGCAAAGCCAGGGCUCUUAGAGAGAACAGUGGAGACAUCAGUUCAUCUGACUCUACACUGAACUUCACUGGACAGGACCCCUCCCUAGAAGACCCCCUCCCCUCCUCCAAUCCUCUGCGGUCUCACAACUCGACAGGGGACCUGAAGCGUCUGGCCACCUCUCCUCUCUCCGUCUCUCCUUCCUUCUCAUCCCCGUCUCUGUCCUCCCAGACGCAUGGCUUCAGGCGGAGAGCCAGCACCUUCAGCCACUCCCCUUCCUACCACGAUCACGCCCCUUCCGACCCUGACCACACCCCCUCGUAUACACACACACCCCAGGUACCCAGCGGCUCCACCAAGCCCAAACUGGUCCGGCACUACUCUGUCAGCACCGACACACCGCACCAGAGCAAUGACGUAGCAGCCCUGUCCAGUCCGGUAGCAGUGUGUGUGGUAGGAGACAGUCCUCUACGGAGACACUCCUGGAGACAACAGAUCUUCCUACGUGUCGCUACCCCUCAGAAAAACACUGACAGCAAUGACAGGGGUGACUGCUCCUUAGAUGGCAGGGGCUUGUCUGUGUGCGGGGUUGGAGACGGAUCACUGGGCGUGGUUCCGGAGGAGAGGAAGAAACGUGGCCGAGCAGAACUGAGACAGCUGUGGAGGAAGGCCAUCCUGCAACAGACACUACUGCUGAGGAUGGAGAGAGAGAACAGCAAGAUACAGGGUAACAGAAUGGAGAGAACAGCAAGAUACAGGGUAACAUAAUGGAGAGAGA